UGUAUUGUGAAAAGCGCUAUACAAAUAAACUCGAAUUGAACUGAAUUUUGCUUCCACAGGUCUCGUGUUUGUAAGAUGCAGCACCCCCUGUUGACCGCUAUUUUUCUUAGAUACUGUUGCUAACAACAGUCAACCUUCUCAACCGGAGGCAGACGACUAAACUCACCUGAAGAGUUAUAAAGCCCAGUGUUGCAUUCAUUAUGUCUGGCGGGGGGUCUCCGACCAAAGUUGGCUUUGACAGCAGUGUCGGUGAAAGUGAUGAGACAGAUCUACAAAAAGUACACCGACUGCGGCUGGAGUUACGCCGACUGGAAAGAAAUCGCGAGCUCUACUUGCAGGAAGAGGAAGCGUCACGCAAACAGCGGCAAGAGAUUGCUGAGCUGCGUGCAGAACAAGAGAGGUUGCUGCGUGCGCACAGAGAGAGUGAAAGUCCGGCUGUUAAGGCUGUCAGUGCUCUGCUGAAGCAACGAGACAAGCUGGAUGAAGAAACUGAGAAAGAGAAACAGACCCAAGCAGAGCUGCAAAAAGAAAUCACGAUUAUGGAGAAAAAACUGGUGGAAAUGAGAAGAGGACAGGCUUCCCAUAGUCACAAGUCUCAUCCCCGCGACAUUCAGAAGGCCAUACGCACCACACAGAGCAAACUGGAUCGGUCUCGUGCUCACUUUAAUGAACAGAUGAAGAUAAACAGCCAGCUCAGAAAAGAUAUUGAGCUAUUACACAUGCAGCGUACCCGAUUUCAGCAGCUGUAUCGCAAAUUGGAGAAGGUACUACAAGACAUUCGUAAGGAUAUUGCUGAAGUUGUCGACAAAUCAGCCACAGCUUAUGAUGCGAAAGUGGAUGCUCAGACCAAAGCAUCCAUGAUAAAGGAGAAGGCGGUGAAGGAUCUUGCACAGUACUCAGCUGAGAUGCAGGAGCUGGAGAGAGUCAUCGCUCAUGAGCACCGACUCAAAGAGUUCAUGAGCACCAAGAAUAAUCAGAGAGCCUCCAUGGAUAACGGGAAAAGAACCAGACGCAGACAGGAGAUGAAGGAGCAGAGGAAGGCAGACGGUGGAGAGGAGACACCUGACUCUCUGAAGAAGGCUUUCCAGCAGAUUCAGGAACUGACUGGAGAAGAUAAUUUGGGGAAGCUGGUUACAAAAUUCAUUCAGGGUGAAGAAAGGAACUUUGCUCUGUUUAACUACGUGAAUGAACAGAAUGCAGAAGCUGAGAGACUGAGAGAGGAAAUCCAUCAGAUUAGAACAGAUACGGAGCAGUUGAACAUAAAAAGUCGUCAGCAGGAACAGGAAAGUCAGGUGGCUUUAAAACAGCUGAAGAAUCAACUGCAAGAGUGUAAGGCACAGACUCAACAGUAUGAAGUCCAGGCUGAUCACAUCAGCAGGAUUCUUGAUCAGGUCAAAACAGGGUUAGACAGUAUAUUCAAAAAGAUUGACUGCAACCUAGGGCAGAUGGGAGGCAUGCUGGGCUCUUCCUCUGGGAUCACAGACAGUAAUCUGAUGACGUACCUCGGCAUGGUGGAGCAGAAGGCCAGUGAACUGCUCACCAUUCAAGCCUUCAUUAAAUCUAAGGACCCGGAGAACAGUUCUGACCUGGAAGCGGUUGCUCCAUUCCUGCUGGGUCAGAAACCAGACGUUCAGACACACAAAGCGAUCGCUCAGCCACCCAUUACCAAGCAUGACUAUGAGGCAGAGGACUCUUCUCUGAUAGAUGAGGCGGAUCGACCUUUGACCCGCGAAGAACUCCGUCAGCACAUUAUGAGGAAGAGUGACCAGCAUAAAGACGAGUCUCCGCGUACAGCAGGGAGCAAAGAAUUGAAAACCCCUAAGAGCAGCACCAUAUCCAGCACCUCGCUGGAGGCUUAAGACGCAAUCUGGUCUUCUGGUUAUUAUUUUAUUCUGUGCUCAGUCUCUACUAUAUAUUGUUUAUAGUAAUGAAUUGAUGGGGGAUAAAAAGGAAUCUUAAUGCUUGAAGGAUUUGUGUCUCUUUGAAAUAAAUAACAUAAAAUAAACUAUAUUCUUAACUCAAUUCAUGUUUCCAUUAAAGACCUCAAAAUUGCAUAUCGCAUA